AUGGAGCCUCUCAGCACUACGGCUAGUGUCAUUGCCGUUCUCCAGUUGACUUCCAAGAUAGUCCAGUACCUCAACUCAGCCUCAGGUGCGACCAAAGAACGAAAGGCGCUUCGUGAGGAGCUGAGAGCAUGCGAGCGCGUCCUGGAACAGCUCAAAGAUAGGUGCGACGAAGAAGGCGGUGACACUGAAUGGAACAACAGCAUUAAGGUGCUUGAAGGCCCGGAUGGCCCGCUGGGGCGCCUUUGGGUUAUGUUACGAAAUGUCGAAGACAGGCUUCAGAGGAGAGGUGGCCCAGCGGAGAGGUUGAUUGCGGCAGUGAAGUGGCCAUUUAUCCAGCAGGAGGUCAAGGAAAUAUUCGGAGCGAUGGACCGGGAAAAAUCGCUUCUGACGCUGGCUCUCAACGGUAUCUCAGGGAAGCUGGUUCAAGAAAUAAGGCGCACUGUCACUCAAAACCGCGAGGGUCUCAAGGUCCUAGUCAAUACACUGAACGCUCACUCGAACCAGUCCCAUAUUCGACUAGCGGAAUUACAAGAGGGAGUAGAUCGGAUUCAAGCGUCGCAGUCAAGUGUACAAGAGGAUUUGAUUCGUUUCCAGCAGUCUCAAGAGGAAAAGGAGCUCAAUAAAGAGCGGGAUGUUAUUCUGGAAUGGCUACCAACACUCGCACAUUCUACCCAACAUCGGGAUAUCAUAGAUCAGAGACAGCCGGGGACAGGAAAAUGGAUUUUCGAAUCUCCGAAAUUUAAGACGUGGUCGGAGGUUCAAGGGCAGACUCUGUUCUGUCCUGGCAUCCCCGGCGCAGGGAAAACAGUUCUAGCUGCCUCCGUGAUUGAGCAUCUUAUAUCACGGGCUUCGGAUGUUACUGAGAUAGGUGUCGCAUACUUAUAUUUCAGCUACCAGAGGCAGGACGAACACAGGUUAAACAACAUCUUUGGGUGUUUUUUGAACCAGCUGAGCGCUAGUCGACCUACGCUUCCAGAAUCCCUCCUGCGUCUUUAUAAGGAGCAUAUCAAACAAAAAGCACAGCCGCCCCUCGCAGAAAUUUUGAAUUCUCUGCAUGCUGUUACAGCUGAAUAUUCCCGCGUGUUUGUCGUGAUCGACGCAGUUGACGAGUACCAAAUAUCGAGCGGACAGCAACGCCAGUUCAUUGAGAAAAUAAUCGAGUACCAGAUGAAGUGCAAUAUCAACCUUUUCAUAACCUCGCGGUUCAUACCGGAGAUUGCGCGCUUUUUUGAAGGGAGCACGUCGUUAGAAAUUCGGGCGACUGAAAGCGACAUACAAGCGUACCUUGAGAAUCAAAUGUGGCAGCUCCCAGCAUUCGUUCAGAAAGAUCCAGAAUUACAGAAGGAUAUCAUCACUGAAGUCUCUAGGGCUGUCAAAGGAAUGUUUCUGCUCGCACAUCUGCAUCUUCAGUCUCUGAGAGGCAAGAAGUCUCCCAAGGCUGUCCGCAACGCCCUUGAGAAGCUCCCAACUGGCAGUGGUGCCUAUGAUAUUGCGUACGGUGAGGCCAUGGAGCGAAUAAACUGCCAGAAUGACGACCAAAGGGAACUCGCCAAGGAGGUUCUCCAAUGGGUAACUCUUGCGACUAGGCCCUUGACCACUUCCGAAAUCCAGCAUGCAAUUGCAAUCGAAGUAGAAGAAGCACAUUUCGACACUGAUAACAUAACAGAGAUCCAUGACAUGCUCUCUGUGUGCGCAGGGUUGAUCACAGUAGACGAAGGGAGUGACAUCAUAAGAUUAGUCCAUUACACGGCCCAGGAGUACUUCGAUAGGACGUCCGAGAAAUGGUUCCAUAACGCCCAAGAGAGAAUUGUCCAGACUUGUAUCACAUGCCUUUGUUACGAAAACGUCGAAUGCCCUGCAUCCGAAAGCAUGUACCUUGGUAGCGGGGUCAAGGACCGAGGUCGCGCGUUCUACAUCUACGCAGCCAGAUGCUGGGGGCUCCAUGCUCGGCAUCUGAAAACACCACAUCAAUCUGUGCUGCACUUUCUAAGACAGAGGGCAAAAGUUAAGGCAGCUUUCAUGGCCCUUUUCUUGCCCGCCUCAUCACUGAUGGAAACGAAUCAAAAGAUACUCCUGCAGAUUCAACAGCCCGUAACUGGUCUUCAUUUAGCGGUUCACUUCAAGUUGACAUCUACUGUCAAAAUGUUGUUGGAAGAAGGUGGCCCAAACUUGGACACGGAUUCACCAUUCGCGCUUGAUCCUGAUGCCCGAGAUUGGUAUUCACAGACGCCGUUGACAUGGGCUGCCCAAUCUGGACAAGAAGAAAUCGUCAAGAUAUUGUUCUCACAGCCCAGUGUCAAUCCGAAUUCCAAAGAUAGGAUUAAUCAGACGCCAUUACUAGUCGCCGCAAAGGGUGGAUUUCUAGGGAUUGUCAAGCUUCUACUGUCGACGAAAGGUAUUGAGCCUGACGUGAAAGAUGUUGACGACCAAACGCCAUUGGCAUGGGCAGCAGCAGGUGGAGAAGAUGAAAUUGUCAAGCUUUUGGUUUCCACACCGGGAGUAGAUGUCGAAUCGAGAGAUUGGUCGAAUGGAACUCCUCUGACGCUGGCUGCCUUUGCUAACCAUGUUAAGACUAUGGAGAUACUGCUUUCCCUACCAAACGUCGAUCCCAACUCAAGGGACAAUAACGAGCGAACACCGUUAGCUUGGGCUGCAAACAACGGAAUGAGAGCCGCCGUGGAACUGCUUCUGGCAACACCAAACGUCGAACUCUCCCCAAAGGAUAAGGCAGAUCAAACGCCGAUGCUAUUAGCGGCGAAGAAUGGUCAUCGAGAGAUUGUCGAGGUGUUGAUGGUCGCAAUACAAGGUCAAAACUCCAUCGAAACUGAUUUUAGAAUCUAA